CUGUGUUGUACUGUACUAUAAAAACCACUAAUGUGAUGAAGGGAUGUCACACAAAGGUGGGUACUCACAUUCGGCAUUCAUCUAUGCCCUGAAGGAGUGCGACUACAGACUCAUCGAUACAGCCGUCCGAUACAACAACGAGGAUGAGAUUGGCCUUGUGGUUAAGGAAUCAGGAGUUCCCAGAGAGGAGUUGUUUUUAACUACAAAGUUAUGGCCAGCGCAGUAUGGCUACGAAUCAACGAUAAUCGACUUCCAGAAGUCGUGUAAGCGACUAGGUGUUGAUUAUAUCGAUCUGUACCUGAUGCAUUGGCCAGAUUGUCCAAAUGCCUGCAAAGACAAGAGGCAGCUGCGUGCUGACACUUGGAGGGCAAUGGAGACACUAUAUAAGCAAGAUCACUAUUUUGAAGUUGAGCGGUGA